AUGGAUUGGCUCCUGACUACGAGCUUGUCGGCCACCGCCGACGCAUGGGGCGCCCACGCCGGCCUCGGCGAGGACGUAGACAGACUGCGUUCUACGCUGUCCCGCGUGCACGCGCUGGUUGAGCGAGGGGAGCAGUGGCGGUUCACCAGCCCAGGCAUCGCCGAUCUGCUCACCCAGCUCAAGGACGCCGCCUACGACGCCGAGGACCUCGCGGAGGAGCUCGCCACGAGCGAGAAGCAGUCAAGCCAGAGGCUCUUCCCUUCCGUGCGCAGUUUCCUGCGUGGAUUGGUCACCGGCGCGGCGGAUAGGGCCAGAGGCGUCAGGUCUCGGCUCGAGUACGCGUCCACCGACCUGGAGCGGGCCAUCGCCGCGCUGGACGCGCCCGGCGGCAAGGAGGCGGCGCGGCGCACGUUCCGGGAGACAAGCUCGUUCAUCGGGAGGCCCGUGGUCCUUGGCAGAGACCGGGAGCGCGAGGAUGUGGUCCGUCUGCUUCUGAAUCCAGUCCGUGCAGAUAAUUCAGGCGGCAACGCGAAGCGACGGAAGAGCCGUGACGGCGUGGCCGUGCUGGCGAUUCUGGGCAUGGGCGGCGUGGGGAAGACUACUCUGGCGCAGGUUGCGUACAAUGAGCAGAGGGUGCAGGACCACUUCGAGCUGAGGAUGUGGGUUUGCCUGCCGGAAUCGCUGGACGUGACGCUGGCGACGAAGGAGAUCAUAGAGUCGGCGAGCAAGGGGGCAGCGGCCCAACCUGGUCUUGUCAACUUGGACUCACUUCAGGUGGGUGUCAGAGAUUUGGUCAGGUCCAAGAGGUUCCUUCUUGUCCUUGAUAAUGCCUGGUGUGAGGACAGUCUGGAGUUUCAGAUGCUCGUUGCGCCUCUGAAGUAUGGGCAUCCUGGAAGUGCCAUUUUGGUGACUAGUCGAUCUUGCAAGGCUGCCGAUGCGGCCGGAGCGUCGGAGCUGGUAUGUCUGGAUGGGUUACCAGAGGAGGCUUACUGGGAGCUAUUCCAGCAGUAUGCAUUUGGUGAUGAGGACCCUGCACGCCAUUCUGAAUUGGUGGCCAUUGGGAAGAGGAUUGCCCAUAAGCUCAAGGGCUCCCCUCUUGCUGCCAAGACUGUCGGUGUGGCACUGAGCUCUGACAUGAGCGCAAAGCAUUGGAGCGUAGUCAUGGAAAAUGGGUUGUGGGAGCUUGAGCAAGGUGCAGGGGGCAUUCUCCCGGCUCUCCGACUGAGUUACCAGUACCUCCCGGCACACCUCAAGCGAUGCUUCACGUUCUGUGCAAUAUUUCCGAAAGGGUAUAUCUUCAGCAAGGAGACUCUGAUUGACAUGUGGGUUGCAGAAGGCUUCAUCUCACCUCAAGAGGACUUUGGGAACAAAUGCUUGAAAGAAUUGCUGGUCAGGUCUUUUUUCCAGCAACAUAUGUUCAGCGACUUAUGUUAUGUCAUGCAUGACUUGAUGUCUGAUCUAGCACAGUCACUCUCUAUAGAUGAGUGUUUUUGUCUGACUGAUGAGAAAUGCCUUCCAAAAGUUCCUCCCACGGUCCGCCAUCUGUCAGUGUGCACCAAGCAUCUUGAACUGGGCAAGUUUGUUGAACUGGGUAGAUACACAAAGCUGCGGUCGCUUUUGAUCUUUGGUAUGUUUGGGCAAGAUUUGAGCUAUUCACUCGAUAACUUGUUUGGUAAACUCAGUAAUAUCCGCUUGCUGGUGCUUCGGGGUUGUGUGAUCAAGGAGCUCCCUAGGAAUAUUGGCAAUUUAAAACUUCUCCGGUAUUUGGAUGUCUCUUACACAAAGAUCCAAUGGUUGCCUGACUCCAUUUGCCAACUAAGCAGUCUACAAAUUCUGAAUGUACUGAACGUCCCUCUGAAGAACCAUCCCAAGGGCUUGACUAGAUUAGCCAGUCUGAGGAAAUGUUACACGAAUGAACCGAUUACUUUGCUGAUGAGCAAUAUCAGCAAUUUGACAUCACUUGAGAGCUCUUCAGUAUUUGAAAUUCCGAAAGGACAAGGGCACAGAAUCGCAGAACUGAAGGACAUGACACAGCUGACUGAAAUCUUACAUGUUACGAAUCUUGAGAAUAUUGUGAAGGAUGACGCUUUAAAAGCCAAGAUGAACACAAAAGCACACCUACACCGGUUGAUUAUGGAAUGGUCUUCCAGUCAUGUUGGUGAUGCAGAAUUUAGUGAGGCGGAGCGGUCAAAAGCAAGCAUGAUUAUUGAAUCACUUGAGCCUCAUUCCAACCUUGCCAGUUUGAAAUUGAAGUACUACAGUGGCAUCCAAAUACCAUCUUGGUUACAAGCUGGUACUCUUUGCUGCUUGAGCGAACUCAGUCUCUCGAACUGCCCUUUCAUAACUGAAGUUACCAGCAUACCUUCUUCCCUUAGGAGGUUGCACAUCAUACGAUGCAUAAACUUGAGGAAUCUCGAUGAGUGUCUACAGCCACAGAGCUUGCAGGGAAUCAAUGAAAUAAUUGUUAUGAACUGCUCAAAACUAGGAUUGCUCCCUGUGGAGAGAUUCGGGGGCUUUGCUUCUCUUCACAUAUUGGAGAUACAAAAUUGUCCAGAGCUUCCACCCACAAGGAGAUUGACACUGCCACCAUCUACGAAGGAGUUGCUUAUGAGGUCAUGCGGCUAUGUUGACGCAUCACUUCCGUCCUGCUUGCAUAAUCUGCCUUCACUCUUAAACUUGUCUUUAAAUAAAUGUCCUAAUUUACUUUCCCUCCCAGCCGAAAUAGUUUCUCAGCUGCAAUCACUCCAAGGGAUGUAUAUCGAUAACUGCAGUAGCCUUCAAUCCUUGGGUGGGUUGCACUGCCUUUCAUCACUUAUCAAUCUGCAUAUUGUGAACUGUCCUAGAUUGACAGACCUUGAUCCCUCGAUGUUCCUCGACAUCAGCGAAGGCCAGGGAUUGCAAAGGCUAGAGUGUCUAACCAUCAGUACCACCUCUUUUCUUAGCCUGAUGAUGAGAAGUUCAGUACCUACUCUUAAAACCCUUGUCCUAUACCAGUCCACUGACUCUGUGGUUGUUCAUGAUCCGCGCAACAAGUUGUGUCAGUGUUUUCCGUCAUUGCAAGAGCUGCUGUUUCAGGACUGUGGAAAUCUUCUUGCACUCCCUGAAGAAUUGCACACUCUGUCCUCACUCCAAUUCCUACGGAUAUUCAACUGUCCGAAGAUUCAGUCACUGCCACAUAAGGGCUUGCCGGUCUCCUUGAGAACAUUGUCUUUUGAGAAGUGUCACCCAUUGCUGGAGGAGCAGUUAAAGAAGCUGAAAUUUUCUUACAAUACGGCAUAGUCUCCACAAUUCCGGUAUCAGAGCGAAAAUCAGCUUGUGUGCUUGAAAUUUGCAUGCAGCUUACUAAGUUAAGCUGCACCUUUGAGACAUUGUAACCAUAUUACUUGUAUAGAACCGUCCAUUUCAAAUUUAUUUGGAUAAUUUUCCCUGUCUCAGGAACUCGAAUAACAUCAAAUUGUGUGGGGUUUGUUAUGCUUGUGUGCCAGAGAUCAACUGCAUUAGCUUUCAGAUUUUGAUAGUGUAACCAUAAUCUUUGUUGAAGCC